CGCCCGGCUAGUCCAGUCCGCGGGACCGGGCGCAGCGGAGCGGGCCGCGGUCCCAGGUCCCGGCCCGGCGCCAUGGAGCGGCGCUGGCCCCUGGGGCUCGGGCUGCUGCUGCUGCUCUGCGCCACGCUGACCCCGGGGGCGCGCGCCAAGGAAGUCACCCUGAUGGACACAAGCACGGCACAGGGAGAGUUGGGCUGGCUGCUGGAUCCCCCAGAGGAUGGGUGGAGUGAGGUGCAGCAGAUGCUGAAUGGGACACCCCUGUACAUGUACCAGGACUGCCCAGUGCAAGAAGGCGGAGACACUGACCACUGGCUUCGCUCCAAUUGGAUCUACCGGGGGGAGGAGGCGUCACGUGUCCACGUGGAGCUGCAGUUCACCGUGCGGGAUUGCAAGAGCUUCCCCGGGGGAGCCAGGCCCCUGGGCUGCAAGGAGACCUUCAACCUCCUGUACAUGGAGAGUGACCAGGACGUGGGCAUUCAGCUCCGACGGCCCUUGUUCCAGAAGGUAACCACGGUGGCCGCAGACCAGAGCUUCACCAUCCGAGACCUUGCAUCCGGCUCAGUGAAACUGAACGUGGAGCACUGCUCCUUGGGCCUCCUGACCCGCCGUGGACUCUACCUUGCUUUCCACAACCCGGGUGCCUGUGUGGCCCUGGUGUCCGUACGGGUGUUCUACCAGCGCUGUCCCGAGGCUGUGCAUGGCUUGGCCCAAUUUCCUGACACUCUCCCCAGACUGGGCGGGUUGGUGGAAGUGGCAGGGACCUGCUUGCCCCAUGCCCAGGCCAGCCCUGGCCCCUCAGGUGCCGCCCGCAUGCACUGCAGCCCCGACGGCGAGUGGUUGGUACCGGUGGGGCGGUGCCACUGUGAGCCUGGCUAUGAGGAAGGUGGCGAUGGCGAGGGAUGCCUUGCCUGCCCUGGCGGCUCCUACCGGGCUGACAUGGGUGCACCCCAUUGUCUCCAGUGCCCCCAGCACAGCACAGCUGAGACUGAGGGGGCCACCAUCUGUACCUGUGAGGACGGCCAUUACCGAGCCCCUGGGGAGGGCCCCCAGGCAGCAUGUACACGUCCCCCCUCAGCCCCCCAAAACCUGAGCUUCUCUGUUUUGGGGACCAAGCUCUCCCUGAGUUGGCAACCCCCAGCGGAUACGGGGGGUCGCCAGGACGUCAGAUACAGUGUGGGGUGUUCUCAGUGUCGGGGAGCAGCGCUGGAUGGAGGGCCCUGCCAGCCCUGUGGGGGAAGUGUGCGCUUCUCCCCCUCGGCCGACGGGCUCGCUGCUCCUGCUGUGCGUGUUGACGGCCUUGAACCCUACGCCAACUACACCUUUAACAUCGCAGCCCAAAAUGGAGUGUCAGGGCUGGACACCUCCAAGCCAGCCAGCGCCUUGCUCAGCAUCAGCAUGGGGCAUGCAGAGUCACUGUCAGGCCUGUCCCUGAGGCUGGUAAAGAAGGAACCGCGACAGCUGGAGCUGACCUGGGCGGGAUCCUGGCCUCGCAGCCCUGGGGGGAACCUAAGCUAUGAGCUGCACGUGCUGAACCAGGACGAAGAACGGCAUCAGAUGGUUCUAGAACCCAGGGUCUUGCUGACUGAACUGCAGCCAGACACCACGUACAUCGUCAGAGUCCGAAUGCUGACCCCACUGGGCCCUGGCCCUUUCUCCCCUGAUCAGGAGUUUCGGACCAGCCCACCAGUUUCCAGGAGCCUGACUGGAGGCGAGAUCGUGGCCGUCAUCUUUGGGCUGCUGCUGGGUGUAGGUCUGCUGCUCGGGAUACUUGUCUUCCGCUCAAGGAAAUCUAAGCGGCGACGGCAGCAGAGGCCGCGUGAUCAUGUCACCAGCGUGAACCGAGAGGACAAGCUGUGGCUGAAGCCGUAUGUGGACCUCCAGGCAUAUGAGGACCCUGCCCAGGGAGCCCUGGACUUCACCCAGGAGCUCGAUCCAACCUGGCUGAUUGUAGACACCGUCAUAGGGGAAGGAGAGUUUGGGGAAGUGUAUCGAGGGACCCUGAGAAUCCCCAGCCAGGACUGCAAGACUGUGGCCAUUAAGACGUUGAAAGAUACAUCUCCAGAUGGUCAGUGGUGGAACUUCCUUCGAGAGGCAACUAUCAUGGGCCAGUUCAACCACCCACACAUUCUGCACCUGGAAGGCGUCAUCACAAAGAGAAAGCCCAUCAUGAUCAUCACAGAGUUUAUGGAGAACGGAGCCCUGGAUGCCUUCUUGAGGGAGCGGGAGGACCAGCUGAUCCCUGGACAGCUAGUGGCCAUGCUGCAGGGCAUUGCAUCUGGUAUGAACUACCUCAGUGACCACAAUUAUGUCCACCGGGACCUGGCCGCCAGGAACAUCUUAGUGAGUCAGAACCUAUGUUGCAAGGUGUCUGACUUCGGCCUGACCCGCUUCCUAGACAACUCUGAUGGCACCUAUGAAACCCAGGGAGGAAAGAUCCCCAUCCGUUGGACAGCCCCUGAAGCCAUUGCCCAUCGGAUCUUUACCACGGCCAGCGAUGUAUGGAGCUUUGGGAUCGUGAUGUGGGAGGUGCUGAGCUUUGGGGAUAAGCCCUAUGGGGAGAUGAGCAAUCAGGAGGUAAUGAAGAGUAUUGAGGAUGGGUACCGGUUGCCCCCUCCCGUGGACUGCCCUGCCCCUCUCUACGAGCUCAUGAAGAACUGCUGGGCCUACGACCGGGCCCGCCGGCCCCACUUCCACCAGCUGAAGGCACACCUGGAUCAUUUGCUUGCCAACCCCCACUCCCUGCGGACCAUCGCUAACUUUGAUCCCAGGGUGACUCUUCGCCUGCCCAGCUUGAGUGGCUCAGAUGGGAUCCCCUAUCGAAGCGUCCCUGAGUGGCUGGAGUCCAUACGAAUGAAACGCUACAUCCUGCACUUCCACUCAGCCGGGCUGGACACCAUGGAGUGUGUGCUGGAGCUGACGGCUGAGGACCUGGUGCAGAUGGGGAUCACACUGCCGGGACACCAGAAGCGCAUUCUUUGCAGUAUUCAAGGAUUCAAGGACUGAGCCCUCACCUCAGCUGACCCUGUCCUCACGGAGCAAGGAUGGGGCUGUGGUCACUCAUCGUGUCCCUCCCCUCAACCUACGAGGGGCAUUUGGUGCUGCUCCUGCCCACCUCUCCCUGAGGAACUUGCCUCUAGAGCCUCUUUGUUUUAAAAAGGGAGGUGGGGGUAGAAGUAAAAAGAUAAUUGUGGGAGGGGUCUGGGGGAGGGUUUAAUAUAUAUAAACAUAUACAUAUAUAUUUUUGUAAAUAAACAGGAACUGAGUUUUCACCUUUA